CCUGAAUAUCUCGGCUAGAAUUCUGCAUUCGCAAGACCCAAAAGACACAACCGACAACCGAACACAAUCGAGACAAUCUAUAAAAGUAAAAUCAUGAUGAACUCAAAUCUUCGGGUCACAGCAAGAGAAGAAUCUGCACAUCGUAGACUUGCCCCAGAUUUCCAUUCUAUCAUCCAGUCCUCCUUGAGUCAAUACCGAUAUAGUCAAUAGUCGAAAUCAUCGGAACCUGUAUGCCCAUCCCAUUUCGUAGAGAUGGAACUCAGAGAAGGAAGUCUCAAGUCCAAGGUUCGAGAAGAUGUGGAAGCAGUCACAUGUCGGAGGGAGUCGAAAGAAGGUCGUACACCGACUGCUUGCCAGAAGACGAAGAGUAAUUUGUUGCUGGCCAAAAUUCAGCGCUGUUUCGUCAUUGAUAGGCUUGUACCCGAGGCCACCUGCCCAGGCCUCGCUCGAGUGAAGUCGUUCUCGAAUCGGCAUACGAAUUCGGAUCAUCUUCAACGUUACGGAGUCGAUGGGCGUUUCUCGAUUUCAACCCUCGCACUCUAAGUUCCAUAUAUGCUUCUUGAAGAUUGCAUGAUAGAUCGAGCAACAAAUUGACUUUUGCAUAUGUGACUAGGAAUUCAUCCCCACCCCUGCUCCCAUUCCCCCUCCCAUCCAGACGACUAGUAAGAGUAUAUCUGCAUGUCAAUACUCGUAAAUUACUAGCCCACCCCCUCCUCGCUUAUUUGUUAGCUCGAAGAUAAGAUUUUCGUUCGCGGCGCGAUGUGGGCGUUGACUUUGGCGAAUUUGGUACAGCAGAAUGCGAGUCAAUGAUACAAGUGAUAUGAUAUCUUGGGUUGUGAAUAGCUGCUGUAAUGUGUGGGGACUUGAUUCUACUAUUCUCUCUUCCUCCAAAAACUUGCCACUUGAAAAAUGUAGCUGAGUUCCGAAGAAGUAGGCAAGUUGACUUGACGCUGGGCACUGUUGGUGAGGGCAAGGUGCAGGACCUGGCAGCGUGAGACUUGAAAGAUAUCUAGACUAGAGGGAAAUAAACUUUUGUUCUGUGAACCAUAUUCUUCACGGUCUUCUUGCUUGAUCGCAUGCUUAGAGAAGGAACUCGAGUCCUGUGGAGUCAGUGAGUUUUGGGAAUAUCCGAAGAGCGUGG